CAUAUCUGAGUGACUGCGCAGAGCAGACGCCUCUAAACACUACUUCUACAGAGACAGAGCUGAUUUCGACAGUGUGCCGUCCUCACACCAGCCGCUCCGCGAGAGAAGAAUCUCACAAGUGCGCGGCCGGCCUCUUCCGUCUCCAGCAGCUCGGGACUCUUUUACGCGGAUAAACGAUGGCUUACCGCGCGCGAUUCCCACUCAAAUCACCAGAGACUGUCUCGCCCGUGCUUACAGGGCGUGUUUGUUUAAUCUGAUACGGAGGAAGAUGCUUAAAUCCUCUCCUGCAUGCCUGGAAUUUUCUGCUGGGAACAGAAAGUGGGCGUUUCUCCCCACACCGAAGCGCCGGGGGAUUCCUGCGAGUGCCGCAACUUGCAGUUUCAAGUGAGGCAACAUGCAGUAAGUUCAGAUGCGCAGUUAUCUAAGGGUUAAUAAAAUCAGCAUUGAUAUGAUGAAGAUGCGCCUGGAUUUAUAAGAUAAGGUUAGUGAGCGAUAUAUAUGCGGGUCGAGAUGGCACAGGAGAAUGUGUAUGAUAACCGCAGCAUAGUGGUGAAGUACAUCCAGCAUAAGCUCUGGAAGAGGGGAUACGUGUGGGACGUGGACGGACACGAGGACAGCGUCUCGAAUGGACUGAUGAUGGAGAGGCGGGAGGACCGCGGCAUCUCUCCCAGCUCCCGUCACGACCCGUGCAGGGCUCUUCAGAGGGUGCUGCGGGAGGCCGGGGAUGAACUGGAGCGGCUUUAUCAGUCGGACUUUGCGGAGAUGUCCAAACAGCUGCAUCUCACGUCCAUCACGGCGCACCAGCGCUUCACCGCGGUCAUAGACGAGCUGUUCAGGGACGGCGUGAACUGGGGCAGAAUCAUCGCUUUUUUCGAGUUUGGAGGGACUGUUUGUGUCGAGUGCGUGAGUAAGGAGAUGACGGCGCAUGUGGAUAACAUUGCGGGCUGGAUGACAGAGUAUCUGAACGGGCCGCUGCACGGCUGGAUCCAGGAGAACGGCGGAUGGGAGGCGUUUGUGGAGCUCUACAGCAGGCAGAGGGACUCUGUGUUUCGCAGCUCGUGGUCAUCAAUAGUAACGGUCUUCGGUCUAGCGGCUCUCGGGGCCGUUGGCUUGACCAUAGGAGCCUACCUUGCUCAGAAAUGAGGAGCCUUCCCCUUCUUCAGUCGCUUGCCCUCUCUCGCCGUCUGAACCCCUCCUCUGCUUUCCCCAGAAGACAUUCGUGUCCCAGGACUGCUCCUCUUCAAAGCUUCUCUCCCACUCUCUACAAGGUUUUCUUCUCUGCCCUCAAACACAAAGACAGAAAAGACAGGAAAUAAACGCGCUGCCGACAGAUCAUGAGAGGAUGGAAGAGAAGAAAAAUAACGAGGUGAAAGAGACACAAUGUCAUUGGCAGAAUUAGAUCAGAUCUCAAAGACUUUUGACAGUUUUGGUGUUCUUAAAAACGAUGGAAAAAUACAAAGGUCAAGACACAUCUGGAGGUUUUGAAGGUCUGUGCUGAUUGAAAGUAUCUUCGGACGACACCAGCACUCUCCAAAUGUCCUUUAAGAGUCAGGUUGAUCUUAAGAGACAAUCUGCACUAAACUACCAUCGUUGCUCUUAGUUGUUUUGGUAGGAUUAAUUGUAGCCCGUCUUUUACCCAUUGCUCUCUCCAGCUAACGUUUCUUGUGCCACCAUCCUUGUAUCAUAUCGUAAGAAAGAACCUGAAGAAGGAAAAGAGAGAAAUGCAGAGACAAUGUCCCUCAAGCCACCUGAUUUUGAUGAAAUUUUGUGCUCAAGAUACGGGUGAGAGAUACAGUAUGCAGAGGGAACAGCUGAAAAAUGGAUAGUGGGAUGCCAGUCUCUCUUUGUAGCAACUUAAAGAGCAUUAUUGAAGACUGAAGAAGGGUUUCCUAGAAGUGAUUUGGGCCAGAAGGUAAAUAGAAAGGACCGAAUGGGAAAGUAGUUGUCUUUUAGACUUUAAGAGAGCCUUGGUUAGACACUUUAUUGACAUGUUUGACAGAUGCAUGUGAACCGGUCAAAAGACCUCAAGCUGUACAGUAUGUUCAAAGGUUUAUUCUUCUUUAAUACUCCAGAUACACAUCUGUUCACUCUAGUGUUCAUUCAUACACCAAAAGAAGCAGUUGGGCGGAUCUCAAAUCUGUCAAGAGCAAAAAUUCAUCUCAAAAUCAAAAGGAAGAUAUAUUAAUAUAUUAUAUACACACACUACCGUUCAAAAGUU